AUGUCUACAUCUACAUCAUCAAGAAAGAAAUUACUUUUAAUGGGACGUUCUGGUUCUGGUAAAUCAUCGAUGAGAUCAAUUAUAUUUUCCAAUUAUUCAGCAUUAGAUACUCGACGUUUAGGAGCCACUAUAGAUGUUGAAUUACUGCAUUUACGAUUUUUAGGUAAUAUGACAUUAAAUUUAUGGGAUUGUGGAGGACAAACAGUAUUUAUGGAUAAUUAUUUUACAAAUCAAAAAGAUCAUAUUUUUAAAAUGGUUCAAGUAUUAAUUCAUGUAUUUGAUGUUGAAAGUAAACUGAUUAAUAAAGAUAUUGAAAUUUUUAUUAAAUCAUUAACUAAUUUACAACAAUAUCUGCCAGGGGCAAAAGUAUUUGUUUUAUUACAUAAAAUGGAUUUAGUUCAAAUUGAUAAACGUCAAGAAUUAUUUGAAAUUAUGAUGGAAAAAUUACAAAAAAUUUCUAAUCCUUAUCAUUUUAAAUUAAUUGGAUUUGCUACUUCAAUUUGGGAUGAAAGUUUAUAUAAAGCUUGGUCACAAAUUGUUUGUUCAUUAAUUCCUAAUAUUAAUUUAUUUAAUAAUAAUUUAAUUAAAUUUAAUUCUAUUUUAGAUGCUGAAGAAAUUAUAUUAUUUGAAAAAACCACAUUUUUAGUAAUAUCAUCAACCGCAUCAAUAAAACAACAACAACAACAACAACAACAAGAGCAACAACAACAAGAGCAAGAGCAAGAGCAAGAUUCACUGGUUGAAGAAUUGGAUCCAAAACGAUUUGAAAAAAUAUCUAAUAUUAUUAAGACUUAUAAACAAUCAAUAACGAAAUUAAGAACAAAUUUUAAAAAUUUAAUUAUUCGAGGUAGUAAUGGAACCAAUUUUUAUAUUGAUAUUAUAACUGAUAAUAUGUUUAUAAUGAUUGUUUUAAAAGAUAAAAAAGAUACAAUAAAUAUGAUUCAACAACAUGAAGAAUUAUUAAUUUUGGAUAAUAUUAAAGCUGCUAGAAAAUGGUUUGAAAAAAUUGAAAAUAAUGAAUAA